GGAGGUCCAGAAGGAAUUCAAAUCGAGAUGGGAGUGUCUGGAUGAGGGCACUGCAAGCAAACAACAAAAUGUGGAAGUGAUAACCUGGGUAGAGGGGGAAGUGUUCUGCGUUGGUUUAACAAUGUUGGAAGAGAAGCUUGGUAUUUACAUGUAAGCUUUGCAUAAGGGUUGCGAUAUGUCUGGUUUAACCUUCGCUGAUACAACAAUUUAUUUUCACCUUGGGCAUUCUAGCUGCUAUUUGAUGUCAUCUUUAAAUAUUCAGACUUGGACAGAGUUUUAUCCAUUUCUUCACAAUUAUCAGAUUAGAUCAUCACAUUCUCAAUAUGGCAAGCCGCACACGAAGAUACACUAUCCUAUUCAUGUCUGGAAUAAUGUGCGUCCUUGUGCUGUAUCAAACUGAUACAAUGGACAAACGGUUGUGGACUUCCUUCACUGAGAGUUCUUCUCAGUGGUGGUACUCGCUCCGGCUUGAGGGCUUGCGUCCGUGCACGUGCAAUAGAUGUGCAAUGCAUGAUGACGAUCCAUGGUUUACGAAACGCUUCAACGCAUCUCUCAAUCCCUUUUUGACGCAGGACAACGCUCUCUCAGAGCAUGAUUUCAGAUGGUGGAAGACCUUGCCAUAUGGCAAUAAGCCCUUUCUCAGCUACAGAGUGGCCGAGCUGAAGGUGUUUGAGAUUUUUCCAGAACAGGAGAGCUUCAUGGACUCCAGCCCUGAUCGCUGCAGGACCUGUGCUGUGGUUGGGAAUUCAGUUAAUUUGCUGGGGUCUCACUAUGGACCCCUCAUUGACUUUCAUGAUGUCAUCAUGAGGUUCAACACAGCUCGUAUUGUGGGCUACGAAGGGGACGUCGGGAACAAAACGACUCUCCACAUCAUGUACCCAGAGAGCUCUGUGGAUUUGGAUGACCACACACAUCUCAUGCUAUUUCCCUUCAAAAUAAGGGACCUUGAGUGGCUAAUCAGCGCUUUCACCACAAAAUCUGUGAAAAGCACAUACAAACAGGUGAAAUCAACAGUCAAAGCGAAUCAGGGUUUGGUAAAGGUUCUCCAUCCUGGAUUUAUCCAAUAUGUCCAUGAAAACUGGCUGGGAAAAAAAGGAAAGUAUCCAUCCACUGGCUUCAUGGGUGUGGUGCUUGCAAUGCACAUUUGUGAUGAGGUCAAUGUAUUUGGAUUUGGAGCAGACAAGGAUGGAAACUGGAACCACUACUGGGAGUCGUUUGGAAGACAAUUUGGAACUGGACAGCAUGGUGGAGGGGAAGAGUACAAACUUAUUCUGCAACUUGCAGAAAGGCAAAAACUGAACUUCUAUAAAGGGUUUUGAAUGUUUUCUGUCCCUCUUACAAAAUGGUCAUGGUAGUAGUGGAUCCUGACCUUAAACAUUUACUGCCAACCUCACAUCUUUCUUUCUUUUUUUUAGACUCCACUAGUAAGGGGUGUGAUGAUUUGAGAUCAAACAUUGACACAGCUCUGUGGUAAAGCUUUGUUAUCACUUGUUAAGCAGUUUUCCCAAACUGUGGAGUGAGCUUGGGACCUGGGGUCUCUUAUGGCCCUGACACACCAUUCCAACUGCCGAUCGCCGAUUCAACAUGUGCAAUCGGCUGAAAAGAACCCAGACGGGCUGGAAAAGAUCACCGACGGCUUUAACGACAGCCGAUCGCACAGCACACACCAAACAGAGUCAGGUAACCGAGCUCGCCUGACUGGCCGGCGACGACCGAUAAUCUGGUUGGUGUGUCAGGGCCUUUAUUUAAAAGAGGGCCUCAAGGACAAUUUCAUGGCUUCAGAUCUACAAGAAGUGAUGCAAAAGACGUUGAGAGGAUAGUGUAAACUAAACUAUUUACUAGGGUUAGGGGGGCCUGGUGGAUCUCUUCUCUCUGGAGUCUCUCUUUUUUGGGCGCUGUCUUUCCCUCCUCUAGCUCAGCCUUUCUCAAACUUUUUUCAGCCAGGGCACCUUUCAAAAGUGCAUAAAAUCUCAAGGCACCCCAGUGUAAAAUAUGAUUAAAAACGACACUGCAUAGCCUAAACGUAAAUGCAAAUGUCCUGUUUAUUUAGACAGGACAGUAAUGAACAGAGCAUAAUACAACUGUAAAUAUUAAUAAUAAUAACAACUUCAUAGCAACUUUAUAGCACCUUUAAAAACACAGGUUUACAAAGUGCUUCACAAAACAAUAAAUCAGAGACACAAAUGCCAUAAAACCAUAAGAGGUGGACCGCCCAAGCUAUACAGCAACACAGGCAAUACAAGAACCCAACAAAUUGAGACCAGGAGAACUCAAAUGAAGGCAAGGCAAGGCAACUUUAUUUAUAUAGCACUUUUCAUACACAAGGCAGACUCAAAGUCUGAAAAUGAAGUGCAGAGAUAGCAGGAAUGUUUUUCCAUCAUAGUGCUUGUUUCCAUCCGUGCCAUACGCGCACGCACACACACACACACACACACACACACACACACACACACACACACACACACACACACACACACACACACACACACACACACACACACACUGAGGCUCCAUUUCACAGUCAAUCAUGUCUAGUUCUUGUGGGGCUUUUCUUUUUAA